UUUGAAAAUGUCUUUUAUAAAGUCGUGCCCGAUGCAGUGCAGCUGCUUCUUCCACAAACUGAGCGACGGCUCCAAGGCGAGGAGCGUCCUCUGCAACGAUCCCGAAAUCACCGCCAUCCCGUCCAACUUCCCAACGGACACGUCCAAACUCCGCAUCGAAAAAACGGCCAUUUCCCGAAUCUCCGGCGAUAACUUCCACUACCUGAACAACCUGGAGUUCCUCUGGAUGUCGUUCAACUCGCUCGCCUCCGUCAGCGUCGACAGCUUCCGAGGUUUGAACAACUUAAACGAGCUGCGGCUGGACGGGAACGCGCUCGCCAGUUUUCCGUGGGAAUCGCUCAACAACAUUCCCAGUUUGAGACUGUUGGAUUUGCACAACAACAAGAUCAGCUCGAUCCCGGCCGAGGCGAUCGGAUUCAUCAAGAACGUCACGUACCUGGAUCUGUCCAGUAACGACCUGGGGACCGUGCCCGGAAACGUGCUAGCGAUGUGGCUAACGGUCAAACCGGCGCAAGACACGGACUCCAAAUUUAUUCUAGGUCUCCACGACAACCCCUGGACGUGCGACUGCCGCCUGUUCGACCUGGUCCAGUUUCAGAAGUCGCCCUCGUCCUCGGUGGCGCUCAUCGACACGCGGCUCAAGUGCAGUUCCCCCGACAGCCUGGCGGGGGUGCUGUUCUCGGAGGCGGAGCUGCAGAGGUGCCAGGGCCCGAAGGUGCACACGGCCGUCGCCAGGGUCCGGAGUUCUUUAGGGAAUAACGUCCUGCUCCGGUGCGGGACCGUCGGAGUGCCCCUCCCGGAACUGAGCUGGAGCAGAGCGGACGGGAAGAAGGUCAACGGAACGAUUCAACAAGAGAUCUCCAAAGAGGGAAUCAUCUGGUCCAUCCUGAGCGUGCCGGCGGUUUCGUACAAAGACUCGGGGAAAUACAUCUGCAAAGCCACGAACUUCGUAGGAACGGCGGACGCCAUCAUCUCCCUCGUCAUCACGGACACGUUCCGCACCGAGGAGAUGGGCGGAGCCUCCAAACGCAACCGGGGAGGACGCAAGAACGGGAUCGGACGAGCCGCCUAUCAAGAAAAACUCAUCGCCAGAUACGUCCCGCCUCCAACCGCCGCGGCCAACCAACCGAUCAUCGAACCGCUCAACAAAAACGCGGCCACCGGAAAGUAUGAAAUAGAAAGUUACAGCGUUUCCGAGGACGCUAAAAGUACGGCAUCGGAUAAAGAAGUUUUGCGUAACAUCGCGGCUAACGCAUCGUCGUUACAAGCUCCAGAAAAACGGAUUGUACGAUCGGUUAAAGUCAUCGGCGACACUGACCAUACCGUGUCCUUAAAUUGGCGCGCGCCUACAGCUACGAACACGACCGAAUUUAGCGUCUUGUACGCUAUUUUUGGCGAAAGAGACAUGCGGAGAAUCAACGUAGGCGCAGGGAAAAAUCGCAUCACCAUUGACGGACUUGUACCGAAAACUAAAUACAUAGCGUGCAUUUGCGUCAAGGGGCUGAUCCCAAAAAAGGAGCAAUGUGUAAUAUUUUCAACGGACGAAGCUGCUAGCGCUAGUGGUACCCAGAAGCUAAUCAACGUUGUGGUGAUAACGGUGGCGUGCGUGAUCGCCGUGCCGUUGACGCUAAUCGUUUGCUGUGGAGCGUUGAAGAAAAGAUGCCAAAAGUUGUUGGGGAGAGAAUCCAAAGACAUCCAGGAUUCGUACGUGACGUUUGAGACUCUGGGACCGGCGGGAAAGGGGAAAACGGGAAUGGAAAGCGAUUUUUUAACGCGUUUAGAUGAAUCAAAUCGGCUGCUUUCGGCGAGGUCCAGCGUGGAUUCGGAGGCUACGGCGAGAACAGAAGGACUGCCCAAUGAAUACUUCUGCUAAGGACGGUAAACAGAAGGGGACUGACGAGCAGAGAGACAUUAAUGUUGCCUAUUUAUGUCUUUGCAACAGAAAAAACAAUGCAAA